UUGCCGAAUACGUAAGUCUCAUUCAAAUUUACCGUUUUUUAUUAUCGUUUUUUAUUAUCGUUUUUUAUUUCCGUUCUUUAUUAUACCAAAUAUUCAUUACUGUUAUUUAUUUUAAUUUCAGCAAGAUGGAAAAUUUCGGGUUCAUUCGCAUUUAUAUAUUCAACCAAGUGCGGUUAUAAUACCGUACUUGGAGCUAGCAGGUUUUGCAAAUGUGGCAAAAAUUGCAAGUCUAAAAGUAGACUCUAAACUCAUUGUGGCAUUGUUAGAGAGAUGGAGACCGGAGACACAUACAUUUCAUUUACCAACAGGUGAAUGUACCAUCACAUUAGAGGAUGUGAGUAUGUUAUUCGGUCUCCGAAUCCAUGGAAAAGCUGUCAAUGACCCAACAAACGUAACCAAUGACGUUUACAUGGAAAAUUUGGGCAUCGAACCAACCGCCUCGGAUAAAAAUGGGGCUUCAGUCAAAAUUGUUUGGCUAGAAGCAGUAUUAACGCAACUCAAAAAUAACCCUAACCCGUCCGAGGCAGAAAAUAUUUUACAUGCAAAAAUUUAUAUUUUACUUUUAAUUGCUACUUUUUUAAUGCCAGAUAAAAGUCACAAUUUGUUGCAUUCUUCUUGGUUACCUUUAGUAGGAGACCUUGAAAAAUGUAAUUCAUACAGUUGGGGUUCUGCUUGUUUGGCUACACUAUAUAGACAUAUGUGCAAGGCGGCCCAUAGAGGAGUAAAGAGCAUAGGAGGAUGUGUGGUAUUACUAAUUGUAUGGGCAUUCACAUGCAUACCCUUGAUAGCCCCGGUUAGUAACGAGGUUCCAUCAUUUCCUUAUGCAUUAAGAUGGUGCAAACGAGGUAUGAAUUAUCGAACUAAUCCUCGACAUCAUUUACAAGGGUACCGUGUUGCAAUAGAACACAUGGAAGAAAAAGAUUUUAUUUGGAGGCCGUACAUACAAUAUCCAGUGCCUGAUUAUAAUGACAGCCGAGUCUGGAGUGCAACAACAUAUAUCAUAUGUUUCUAUACCGUUGAGAUGCAUCAGACGAAUCGAGUCAAACUCCAAUUUGGAUUUGAACAACAAAUACCGUCUACGCCAAGAUGUCUAAGUGAACACCAUAACAUGACUAUGGUCCAAGCUUGGGACACGCAUUGACAAGAUUUAAAUGAAGAAGAGCUGAAAGAAUGGAAAAGAAGAAGGCAUUUGGUGUUACAAGGAAACUCGGUAAUUGGUGAGUCUAAGCCGGAUAGAGAAUACAUGAAUUGGUUUUUAUCAAUUCCUUUUAUGCACGUUGCUCCGACACAAUUUUUGGAUGAUCCCCGUCAACGUCUAGCUUCUUCAACCCAACACACAACAUCACCCCCACAACAACAUAACCAACCAUCAUCCUCAGCUCAACAAACAUACCAACACAUCCAGACCACCCAACAACACACCAUUUAUUCCACCUCAACCCAACACCAUAAUCUCCAAACUCCAUUCCCUCCAACAAACUACUUUUACAACCAACAAUAUCAACAACAAACCAAACUACGCCCACCCAUACAAUACACUCCAAUUCCUCAACCCAACUUUGAAUACUCAAACCCUCAUUCUCAACCCCAACCUUUUAACACCACAUACACACAUCCCACUCCCACAUACAACCCUGAUGAUGUGUAUUAUCCUCCUAUCCAACACACCCCACCCGAAACCUACACACAAACCACACAUUCACUACCCAACUUUGACCUCACCGAUGACCAUUUAAUGAGUAUGCCUUCUUUUGGCGUUCAAGAACUCGACCUUAUGGAUAUGCCUCCUAACACAUCACAACAACAUCAAAGUCAACAACAACAAAACGCCCUUGAUGAAUUGUCUUCCGACUCAUCUCCGUCUCCCGUAAGACAAAGACAAGAAGACUUGGGCAAGGGAAAACGCAAAAAAGUUGGCACAAGAUGUGGA